AUGACCGCAGUGAUGGAUUCUCGAGUUCAGGACUACCUGGAUGACAAGCUGCAGUCCGCGGCGGAUCUAGACAGCCUCGAAACGCUGUUGGAGAAUGUGCGAGAACAGCAGGAAUUGCUGAAGAAGCAGCUGGACGAUGCGAGGAGGGAGAAUGCCGAGACGAAAAGCAGCGUCGUGCAGCACAUCAAAUCGGUCCAGCAAAAGGCCGUUGCUUUCCAGCAAGAGCAGGAGGACAUCGAUAGACGCUUGCUGAUCGUGACCCAAGCCGAGACGAGCGACGAUGCGGUGCAGAGAUUCGAAGGCAGCAUGCAACGGCUCGGGAAGUUGGAUGUAGCUGCGGGAUAUGUGGAGCUGUUGAAGGAGGUGGAUGGAUUAAGAGCCGAGUGUAUGGCUCACCUGGGCAAAGCCGAUGAUGCCGCGCUGGAGCCGUAUACUCGACUGCAGCAGCUAGUCGCCAGUCUACGCCCACUGCAGGAGACAGCCGAGGGAGCCGCUCCUCAUCUACUGGACCAUGUCGUUGGCAGCGUCCAGACGCUUCGACAGACCAUUCAGAACGCAUUUUCCGAAAACCUGGAGAAGACGCUCAAGAAGAUGAAUUGGCCCAAAUCGACGGACACCGUGCCGCUUGCUCUGCAAAAAGAAUGGACCACCAACGUUGGAAGAUUGUUGGACCUGCAAAGACAAGACCUCGAAGAGCGCGAACGCAACACUCGCCGCGACCCUACGGAUGACCCACCCUCUCUUCUGCYAUUGGACGUGCUUGUCCAGCCGCUGUCGCAACGCUUCACCUACCAUUUUACCGGCGAAAAGGCGACCAACAGGCUUGACAAACCCGAAUACUUUCUCAACCAUGUUCUGGAUCUCAUCUCCAAGUACGUCGACUUUGUCCAAGACAACCUCCAGCCCGUCCUUCUCGACCGCUUUCGCCGGUCUGACCUUGCUUUCACGCCGGCGUACAUCGAUGCGACCUCGGCGCUAAUCACUGCCCUGUUACCUCUCCUGCAUCGCAAACUGAGAUCGUUCGCUUCGCAAAUUGCCGAUCAACCUUCCCUCCUCAGCCAUCUCGUUCAGGAGGUUCUCGCUUUUGACACAGCCAUCAUCAACACUUACUCUUAUACACCAUCCUCGCCGUCAGUCCCCUGGUCUGGUCUUUCCCACGUCCUUCUAGACGCCGAUGGUCUAAACUACUUCCCUGACUGGCUUCGCGCUGAGCAAUCCUUCGCUUUGACCCGCUACCACAGCAUCGUUGAAGAACCCUCUGCUGGAGAGCUAGACUUCGAUGCCUCUGAUUCCUCCACGGCUAAGCCCACCCGGGCCGCAAUCAGGGUCAAUGACCUGCUGGAGACCAUUACAGAGCGCUAUCGCUCACUCUCCAGUUUCAGUCACAAGGUUCGCUUCUUGAUCGACAUUCAACUAGAAAUCUUCGACCGCUACCAUAGACGUUUGCAGGCGGGCUUGGAGUCGUGGCUGGGCAUGACAAGCACUGUCGGCGCACGUCUGUCCGGCAUCAGCAAGGAGCAACAGGCGGAGCUACAAGGUGUUCGGGGCCUAGAUCGGAUCUGCCGCAUCUUCGGCUCGGCAGAGUAUCUUGAGCGCGCCAUGCGUGACUGGAGUGAUGAUCUUUUCUUCCUCGACUUAUGGGCAGAAUUGGAAUAUCGCUCGGCUAGUGGAGGCAAAGUCUUGGGCAAUUGGCAGGAAGUGCAGCGCAAAACCUCCUCUGCUUUGGGCACUGGUGAAGAGAACGGAGCCCUGAAGGGCGCCCUCUUCGACGAGACCGCCGCCAGCUAUCACCGUCUGCGCGUUCGGAGCGAAGGCGUCCUGACGGAUACGAUCACAUAUGACAUCCGCCAAGCCUUGAAGAGCUACAUCAGUGUUGGAAAUUGGGCGUCUCUGUCCAACAGCAGUCAAUCCGUGUCGUCAGAGUUGGACGCUACGCUGCAGCUCUUGAAUGAGUACCUCGCUUUCUUGAAGAGGGCGGUAGGAAAGACCACGCUACGGAGGAUAUCGCGACAGGUCUGCUUGCUCAUGCAAGGUGUCAUAUGGGAUGGCGUACUCCUUUCGAGCAGAAAUUCAUUCUCAACUGCAGGUGCUUCACAGCUUACCGCUGACCUGCGAGCUCUGUGCAGUGCCGUGGACAGAUAUAUUGGAGCGGGACAGGCACAGCUUGGUAUGAGGAAGCUAAUUGAUGGCGUGACAYUGCUGAGUUUGCCUGUCAAAGGAGAAGGGAACGACGAUGGAGAGGAAGAAACCGAAGGGCCGCAGAUGAGCUUGUUCCAAGCGGAAAGACUGGUGUUUAUGAGUAAUGAAAAUGCGAGACUUGCGCUGGAGCAGUUGGGGUUAGAUUGCAUGAGCGAAGCGGACGCCAGGAGUGUACUGGGGAAGAGGGUGGAAAUCUCGAGCUGA